AGUACAAGGUCAUUUCCUACAACCAGAACUGACAAAUGGCCACCAUCCACCAAGUUUAAGAAACCCUUCCCAGAAUGAGUGAUACGAGAGCGCCCGUCAGCGCGGGGCCAAGUUCGUCCCUGACGCAGAGCUAGCCCAACUCGGAUCUGGGAACCCAGCUCCCGUCACUGGCUGGCCGACUUGAGACAAUGCACAAGGAAAAAAGUGAAAAAAGUCACCUGACGACGUGGACACCUCGCGUUGAUCGAGAUUCGCUGCGGUCCUGUGGCUUGCCCUGGGCCCAAUCGUGCUUUCUUCCAUGCCCCCCGAAGUUGCGGCCUGGCAUUCGCAAACGAUACUUGCAGACGCGCGGCGCGUAGCACCAUUCCUAUGCAGUCAGCAAUCUAAAAGGCCUGUCAGUGACUCGAAUCAAAGGAGCCGUGGUGUCCACAUGGCGAUUUUCGCGGGCCAAUCCCAGCUUUCUGACCACACUUCGCAUCGAACAGCCCACGCCUCCAUACGUUUCGCAAACGCUUGUAAAGCCCGCCCAUUCUCAACAAAACGUCUUGUUCAAUCCAGCAGCCUCAAGGGCCGAUUUCUUCAGCUCUCCGGCCGUGCCUGUAAAGAAGGGCUGAAAGAGCCUUGUCCUUAGUGUUCAUAGGUCCUCAGCUUCUCAGCUUCUCAUACCCGCAGCCAACUGCCUCUACAAACACAACCUCGCCAUGUCCGCCUCCAACGAACAAGACCCCAAGCGGACCUACCGCGGCAACUGCCACUGCGCCGCCUUCGUCUAUGAGGUCGAACUCCCCGAGAUCAAGAGAGCGGGCGAGUGCAACUGCAGCGUCUGUGCCAAGAAAGCAGCGCUCUGGGCCUCGUCUGCUCGCGAGGACUUUCGCGUCGUCAAGGGCGCCGAGAGCGAGUUAUCCAACUACAACUUUGGAUCGGGGCAGCUGACCCAUAAGUUCUGUGGAAACUGUGGUACCGCCAUCAUGGUAGACUUCCCCAACGGGCCGCCAGGUAUGAAGAUGGCAUUGAAUGUGCGCUCAAUUCAGGACCUCGACAUUGCCGGGCUGGAGAGAAAACCUUUCGACGGUGCAAGUCUUGGGCCCAAGUAUGAACCUCCGGUUCAUCAGGGCCCGAACCCGACAGCCGAGGUCGAGGGGGGCAAGCUCCACACAGGGAGUUGCCACUGCGGCGCCGUCACGGUGGCGGUCGUCAGUAAGCCCAUCAACGAGACAUAUGAGGGCCAAGUCAUCGAGUGUGAUUGCAGCAUCUGUGAGAGAAACGGAUACAUCUGGCUGUACCUCGAUAUCGACCAGGUCGUGCUGUCGGGAGACGACGACAGCAUUGGGCGCUAUGCCUUCUCCCACCGAAUCCUCUCAAAGACCUUUUGCAAGAUCUGCGGCGUCCCCUUGACCAACCAGUACAACCCGCUGACGGAGGAAGAACGCAGCAUGUUGACGGAGGACGCCCGGCAUUGGCACAACGUGUUCAGAGAGAAACACCCUGUGAAUGCGCGGGUGUUGAACGGUGUGGAUUGGAAGACUCUGAAGACGCAGCAUUCGGACGGCAAGACGCAAUUUCAGCCAGGGUAUGUGAACCCCUGAGCGGCCCAAGCGGUCUUGACGGUUGGUUGAGGCGUGAUGACGUGCGCACGUCUCGUUUCGUCGUUUCCUUGGGUGGGCAUAGCCCCGGCGUGAUAGA